GGGGGGGGGGCCGCGGGCGCGCGCUCGCUGAGUCGGCGGGGGGGAGUCGGGGGAGCGCGCGGCUGUUCUGGGUGGCGCGCGCGCUCGUAUGUAAAUGAGCGGGCGUGAGGUCAGAGGCAGAUGGAAAAGGGAACAGACAGAAUGGCCGCCGCGGCUCCCGCUCCUCCCGCCGCCGCCUCCCAGUGCCGGAGCCCCCGCUGCACGGCGGAGCGGAGAGGAGUCCGCCGCGAACUCGACUCCUGGCGGCACCGGCUCAUGCACUGUGUGGGUUUUGAAAGUAUUUUAGAAGGGCUUUAUGGACCAAGGCUACGAAGAGACCUCAGUUUAUUUGAAGACUGUGAGCCAGAAGAGCUAACUGACUGGUCUAUGGAUGAGAAAUGUUCCUUUUGUAAUUUACACAAAGAAACAGUCAGUGAUCGUGCAUCUGUUAUCGGUUCUUCACAGUCAACGCCUAUAGAGGAACUUUCAUCUCAGGGCCAGUCCAACACUGAUAAGAUUGAAUGCCAAGCAGAAAACUAUCUAAAUGCACUCUUUCGAAAGAAAGAUCUUCCUCAGAACUGUGAUCCUAACAUUCCCCUAGUUGCUCAGGAAUUAAUGAAAAAAAUGAUCCGCCAGUUUGCAAUUGAGUACAUUUCAAAAAGUAGCAAAAUUCAAGAGAACAGAAAUGGUUCAUCAUUUGAACCGAGUCUGAUAUGUAAAAGUAUCCAAGUGAACCAAACGGAAAACUCCCUUCAGGAAGAGCAGGAUAGCCCUCUAGACCUCACUGUGAAUCGAACUCAAGAACAGAAUACUCAGCAAGGGGAUGGAGUGCUAGAUCUCUCUACAAAGAAAAGCGCAAGGUUGGAAGAGCCAAAAUACGAUCCCUUGUGUUCUGAAAACUCGGUGUCUGGUUCAAGCUCAACAGCUGAUGCAAAUUCAGAGGAAACUACUAGUUUGGAAAAAGAAAAAUCAGCAUUAAACAAAGUUUUGGAGUCUUUUUGUUCAUAUCACUGGCAACAGACUUUGGCCAUGUUAAAAUUUUUAAUGCAAGAUGAAAAUAUUCCUCUAGUUUGCAGUUGCAAACAGACACAUUCAGUCCACUCUGAAUCUCCCAGUUUCCUUACUGAAGAAGAUGUUCAUGUUUCAUUUUGCAAUUGCAAAGGACAUAUGAUAACAAAAAGGUGCUGUUUACAAAAUCAAAUCCCAAACACUUAUUUACCACCUCUGCCUAUUUGUAUUAAAGAUUUCCAUUCUUUGUCAUGCCAAGCUGUAGCAAUUGGAUGUUUUAAGACCAUGGUGAACAAAGCAUGUAGUUCUCAUAAGUAUUGUGCUGAACAAUUGCAAAAUUCUACCAAGCAUUCUGUGAAAGCAGUAGCAUGUGCAUCUUCAUUUAAGGACUGUGAUCUGUUAAACAGCAUUAAAAAUUCAAAUAGAUCUCGCAGCCCGUCACCGCCACCACUGUCACCUGUGCAGGAUAAAGAAUUUGAGACAGUGGAAGGAUCAAUCAUGGAUUUUCCAGUUUUAGACAAUAACAAGCCUGAAAUAUCGAUCAACCAGCCUCCAUACCUCUUGCCAGCUGAAGGAAGCAGUGGAGAAUUUGAAUAUGAAAACCAAACUUGUGGAGGAAAAGUAACUGAAUAUUCAGUUGGAACAUCGCAAACAACAGAUGAAGACAACAAUUAUACAAAUUCUGAGAAGGCUGAGAAAGGUGAACAUGCCAUUUUCCAAGACUUAAUGGAUCGUAUUAAUGAAAAGUUAAAGUCAAUAGACACCACAGAUAUAGCAGCAAUUCCUGUAAAAUAUUCUAGCAGUGACAGGGCACCAGAAAACGAUGUAAAAUUUGGAGACUUUAUAGCCUCUCUUUUGCAUAACGCAAAGGCAAGCGAUUAUAGUUUUAUGGAAUUACUUCACCAACACGAUAAGCAAAUGGAAAAUAAAAUAAUCCAAACAAGAUUUCGGAAGCGUCAGGAAACUUUAUUUGCAAUGUAUAAUUCUCCUGAUUCACCAUAUAUUCGACGACAGUCUUUGCAAAUUAAGAGGCAGCUUGCAAGCCUUGAUGAAACUCUUGUAAAAAGAAAGUCAAUUUCUGAAAGAAAUGCAAAGAAAUCUGCAAAGAAUUUUGAUAAGUUAUACCCAAACAAAAGGCACAGGUUAACCGUGAUAGAAGAUAAAGCUUUGCAAUGUCUUGAAAGUAAUCCGUAUAUGAAUUGCCAUACCAAACAAGUAUGUUUUCCAGUACGCCAAACAGAGUCUUUCAAACUACCUCUUGCUAAUUUUCAAACCAGCUCUGACUUUCUAGUUCUUUCAGAAGAUAGUGCUUUUGCAGCCAACCAGGCUAAAUGUGCAAAAACUCAAGGAGAUUUUGCAACUCUAAAAGAGACUGAUCAGAUUCCUCUGCAUGGGGAAAGUAACAGAACCCCGGGCAGAACUAAACGCAACGUUGUGCCUCCUGGAUGGUACUCUGUGUAUGUAACAAACAAUAUUGUAUUCAGAAAAUCAUCUGAUGCAAAAAAGUCUUUGGAAUGUUUGGAAAAAAUGCAGAUGAAUGAAGAUGUCCAUGCUGAAAGAUGCUGCAACAUAAAUAUAAGCAAAAUUGUGAGAGACACAAAUCUGCAAGUUGUUGUGGAGCGUUUAGAAGAUACAAUUAACUUAGCUAAAAAGGCUAACAGCUCAUGGUUGAAUAGUUACAAAAUAAGCCAAAAAGUAAAAGAUAAUGAUUAUGAACAGGUUAUGAGCCCACUUGCUAGAAGAGACUUCCCUUUCAGUGUGGGUGAAAUGGGAUGCACAGGACAAAGCUUUCUUUCACAUUCACAUUUGUCAAACAGCAAUAAAAGCAAAACUGUGUGUGUGACAACAAGCAAGCAAGAAAUGGUUAUAGAUCAAGAAAUUAAUGGCAGCCUUUUGAAGUCUCUGAGCAUUGAUUCAUCUAGUUCUGCGUCCAGCAGUGAGGCCUUGCAUACAACUUCUGAAGCUAGGGAAAUACCAUCUUCCUUAAGCUACUCAAGUCCUGUUAAGCUUAUGUUUGUCUCAGAGGUUAAUAGCAGUGAAGGCGUCAAAUAUACUUUGACAUCUGCAACUACAUCUUGUAAAGGAAGUGCAGAUAUUUGUUCAUUUCAGGGGUACACAAGCACUGUGUUAGAGAAACAGACCACAGAGAAUCUUUCUCAUGCAAUUCGUGUCAAUGAUUUUGAAAACAGUGCCAAGGAGGAAUCAAGCUGUGCUUGUGCAGAAGCAAUUACAGAUGCCUGUGCAGUUGGUCAAACUAACUUAAAUGACUCAAAACAAAAUGAAGUUGCAGAGAAAUUAAGCAAUAGUGGUGAAUCUGUUUUAAAAAGAAAGCCUGGUAGACCAAAGAAAAUAGGUCCUCAAGUUGUUAAGCAGGUUAAGAGACCUAUUGGGCGGCCUCCAAAACCAAAAGUAGAUAUAACUGAAAGGAGAGAAUGUAGAGCUGAACUCAACAGCGAUGGUAAAAGUACCAAAUCUGAUGCGUCAGUAAUAGAAGAAGUUAACAGCAACAAAAAUAUUACUGUGACAGUUGUCUUUGGCAGGUCAAGAAGAACUAAAAGACAUGUUUCUGAGAGUAAUCUAAAUGUAAUCAGCACUCAGCCCAGAGAACAGGUUGACUUCAUUUUUGCCAAUGACCACAGCAAAGUGAGGCAUAGCACAGAAACUGAAAAUGCUUUGACUGAAAUAGUGAAAGCCUUACAGAAUUCUUCUACUGAAAACGUGGUCUCUGGUUAUGACUACGUUAGACCUAUCAAGAGCAACUUCACAUCACCACAUCCUUGCAGCAACAGUAUACGGCCAGUUAAGAAACCAUUAACUACCAUUCGAAAACCUGGCCGGCCAGCAAAAGUAAAGAUCUCUGGCAUAUCUGUGACUGUUAAUAGAGUUUCACCUCAGGAAAGAAAAGUGAGCAUUAGCAACUGUUUGCCUCCUUUACAACAGCAGAACUUGUUAGAAAAAAACAUAUCGCAGGAGAGAAACAAUCAGCUGUGCAGUAAUAUGAGUCAAGUAAAGAGCGUGCAGAAAGAUUCUAGAGAAGAUGGAUCGAACAGUGUUACUACAACGGUGCCAAGAAAACGUGAGAUUCCAUUGAGACACUCUGUUAGAGACAGAAAGCCCUCAUUGCAUUUCUUACAUUCAUUAGCAUCCUCUAGUGCAUUUACUUGUAGAAGUGCCUUGCUGCAUAAAUCUUACAAACUCCAUUUGAGAAAAGCUAAAGAUCAAAAGGAAAAACGUAGGCAAUCAAGUCAGAGCGUGACAUCUACGGAUACCUCAGAAAUGAGAAAUUCAGGAAAUUCAGAAAAGAAUUCUGAGGACGGUGAUUUUGGGCCCAUUAAUGAUGUGUCAUCGGAUCCCAUUUUUUCAUCAAAGCCUUCUCUCAGGUGGUGGGCUACUUCCGCUUCAAGUGACACUUUAAUGGAAGAACUAAAUAAUAGAUUUGAACAGAUAACUAAUACCUGGUUGCGAGUGGGGGGAAAUGAGUUUGAUAAAUGUGUAUGUGAAAACAGGGAUCCCACUGAACAAGACUGUAACAGUGAAAUGUCAAACCCUUUAGACUCCUGCCUUGUAGAAAUCGAAACAUCACCUAUAAAAAUGCUUUUUCAGAAAAAGUGUAACAUGAAUGAGCUCUGCACCUGGUUUAUGCAAACUACAGAAACACAGUCUCUCUCACUAGUGAGAAAGGCAAAUGCUCGCAAUCCUUUAGAAGUAGUUAGUACUAGGGACAUAAAGAUGGAAACUAAGCAAUCUGAUCUUAGUACUUGCCUUUUCAGAAAGCACUUUAAAAAGUUUGCACUAUCCUCUCCUUCAAAACCAGCAGGGAAGCUACAAAUAUUACAUAAUAUGGUGAGGUCUCCAGUUUUAAGCGUGAAAAAUAAUUUCACGUUAGCCAGAUUAAAAAGAAAUGAAUUUAAAAAGUUACAGCAUGAUAGGUGGGGACAAACCAAAAAAAAGCUGUAUUGCCAGGCUCCUGGAGGCUGGAAAUCAAAAAAGAAAAAUUUACAGCUUUUUUGCCAAAGCCAGUUGUUUAAAAGUACAAGUGGGGAAAGCGGUGAUGGAAUGCCUGUGCUCCAGGAAAAAAAUACAGUAGAAAUCCAGCCCACUCAAGCUUUGGUAGAAUCUCAGAGUAGCCUCUUGCCAACUGAGAAUGAAGCCAGAGAUGCAUUUGUUCAACAGAUGAUGGGACCUUCUGACUUUAACCCACAUCCCGGUUUAGCAAACAUACUUAAGUCACACGCAGAGACAAAUGGAACAAUUCAUUGCCAACAGAAUGUUAGAAAAGGACAAAGCCAAGAUAAACUGUUUCCAAAUACAUGGAAAGCCAAAACCUUUAAAGAUUGUAGAAUAUUUCUGAGAAAAAUCAACCAUAUUGAGCAACGCAAUUCAUUUAAGUUAAAUAAUGUCAUUUAUUCUCCUGAAGCUGUUGAAAGUAAAAGCCAUCAGGCCUAUUUGGAAGAAAAAAGACAUCCUCUUUUGAGGUCCCACUCUACUAAGCAAAAUGCAUUAAAGAAACAAGAGAACGAAAUGGAAGCACCUAAAGGAUCUAAUUCUUCUAAAGUGACUGAAAGACUGGAUGACCAGUUUCACAGCAGAGAAUUAAGUAAUGGUGUAAACCAUGAUGAUAAUCCUGCUGGUAGUUCUGAAGUUCUUAUCAGAAUAAACAAAAGAAAAAGUCCACAAUGGGAGACCACUGAUACAAAUGUAAGAAAAAGGCAUAAGAGACAAUCAUACAGUAGUGGACAAAUGGCAGCUUAUUACCCAAAGUGCCAAGUAGGUAAGUUCCUGUUCCCCCCCUCACCUUAAACUGCAAUCUUAAAUAAUUAGAGAGGUCAAACAAUGAAGCACUUUGGAGUUUUUAAAUGAUAUUCAUAUUAAUUUCUGAGUAGUAAUGAAAUUAAACAUAGCAGAUUAAUUCAGAAAUGCAAAUUCAACACAUAUAAAAUAUUUUACGCUACUUUACAGUCGUAAUAGGUUUGUUACAGUCUUUUAUGGCUAUAGCAUGGCAAGAUGAAAGGAAAAAGCUAAGUAAUACAGUCCACAGAGACAACAAAUCAGUUCUGACAUAAUGAAGUCGGUGGCAGCUGGUUAUUAAUUUCAACACGAAGAAUUUCAUUCCAUGGUGUAGCUUCUCAUGUCCUGAGGAAGGGUAAAGGAAGGGUAAAUUAUAAAGCAAAACAGAAAUUGAGUUUAUUAACCAACAGAGUUGUUUGAAAACAAAACUUCUUCUUUUUUUUUUUUUUUUUUUCCCCCACUUAAUUAUUUCUAAUGUAAAUCUGUAACGGUUUUGUAAUUAAGUGGUAAAAAAUAGUGCUAUGUACUUCUGAGAAGUAUUUGUUCAGAGAUCCGUUUUAGUAUCCGUUCAAUGCCAAAUGAAAUAUGCUGACUCUAAAGGGUUUGUGCAUUGAAUCCUUACAGAACGAUUUCAUAUACAAAGUUAUUCUAGUUGAGUACAGUAUGCAGUUAUCAUGCUGAAUGCAUUUGUUUGGAAUGUUUUUAGGCUAGUAUAAAUUCAAUCUAUUCUUAAAAGUAGGUAUUUAUAAUACAUUGUUAUACAACUGUGAUCUCAGAAAGGCUGGUAUGUACUUACAAAGAGGGUACAUGUGUGAAAUUAUUUCUUGUAUGUAGCGAAAAGAUCUCCUUAAACAGAAGUCUCAACUAAUUCCAAUAAAAUAACUAAGAUUUCAGUUAUCCACGUAAGCAGCAAAAGAGUUCUGCGGAAGGAAUUCAAUUACUGCAGAAAUACUUGUUUUUAGAAACAACCCUGUGUGAGCUGAUCUGACUUUAUUACCCAAAGAAAAAAGGAAAGAUUUGGAACAUCAGAACAAAAUCUUAUGUCCCCCUUUGUAUUCUAUACUGUAGAAAACAAUCCCAGAUAAUAAACUGAGGUAUGAAUUUAAGUUGUAAUAUAAACAGUAUUAUGGCUCUUUGUAUACUUUAUUUCUUUUGUGCUUUAUGUAAUAUUAAUCUCAUUCAGUGUAAUCAUACAGUGCCUUUCUGAGGUACAGAGUUUUUUACAUUUAUGCUAUUAUUUUUAACUUACUGAUUUGGGGCCAGAUAACGUAAAAAGAAAAAAAAAUUUAAAAAAAAAAUAUUAUUUUUAAGAAGUUCAGAGUUUGACAGAAAGUUGCUAUAGAAAAUGCUAGAACUAGAAAAGGAAAGAGUAGCAUCUGUUUCUUUUUACCGAUGAAGAAAGAGCUCUCUCUUCUUUGUAUUUUGUAAUUUUGACUGUAGUCAAGAAAAUUUUGCAUUCAAUUUAUAUUUAAUUUUUUUCUUGCUAUAGCAAUGUAAGACCUAUUACUGUGAUAUGGUCUCAUGUUAGUUUUAAUUGGGACUCUAUUUUAUUCACCUGAUAACUUUCCUCUCAUAGUUUUGGAUCUUUGGAAAAAUCUGAUAACUAUUUUACAUUUCUUCAUUUACGAUUUUUGUUUAUUUUUCCUCUUACUCAUAGUUAAUCAUAUCAAUUGUUGUCUUUAGAGUGGAUGUAACAGAAAGUUCCUUGAUAAAGGAAAUGUUAAAAGACAAAGAAUUACGAUUCUGGAGCUUUCUCCAUGCUUGUAGAUCUGUCUUUUUUCAGGGUACUGUUUUGGUAUAGAAGUUGUCUUGUUUUGGCAUGUUGAUUCAACGUUGUGUACUGUCUGCACUAGCUAAGGAAAUCAUAACAAUAUUUUUAGUCUAGCAAAUAGUUACUGGCUAAAAAGAAGGAACAUGAUUUCUAGCUGUGCAUGCAUGCAUUUUCAAACAUAGUUCCUUCAUCUGGAAGUUUAAUGCACAUGAAAGCAUCAUUACUUGUUCAUAUGUUCUUUGGACUGUAUUAUUGUUGAUGUGGUAUCAUAAUUUAUACCAUCAUUCUGUUGUCAUGCUUGAAAUGUUCUUGUGGUGAUGCGGUCAAUAUUUAAAGUUUUUCUUCAAGUUUUACUGAUCUUGGUGUGUUCUUAAAAGAUGGAGCUAUUGUGAUGCUGGUUUAUUAUGAAGCAUUGUGGCAAGUAGGCAGAAUGUUGUCAGAUUUUUGUGUAUACUUUCUUGUUGAAACCUACAAGUGGAAUUGUCAGUGAGUUCCUACGGUUCAAGGUAGUACCAAGAAACAAGAACUAGCCAUGCACUCAGUACUACAAGAGAAGAGAAUGAAUCAUCUUCUUUUAUUUUUUACACUGCCAGUUUUAUUCAAAGUAAGGUUUAAUGAGUGAUAAACAACAACUUGAUUUCUCAGCUGUUGCUUCAACAAUGCAUUUAUGUGUCAAGGGCAAUUCCUUUAUACUGUAGAUGUAUGUUGUGAUCAUUUAAAUUACUUUUUGUAAGAACACUGAAACGUGAUUUCUUUGCCACCACAACAGUAAAUUGUGUUAAAAAUCAUCUUGGAGAGCAUUUAUGUUUCUUUCCAUGAGGAUGGUUCAGACCACGCUCCUGUGCUUUGGAGUCAGCCAGGCUUAAUCCUAAAAGCUUCAGUAGAGCCAAGCUAAAAUGAGAGAAAUAAUUAUCCUUCAAUAAAAUGGAAUGCAAUAAAAGACAAUGAGAAUAUCAUUGAUAUAUUUUUUAAAUAUAUGUGAAUUUAUCAGAGCUGGAAAGAUAAUCAUAGACCUACUGCAGCAGUGGGCAGUAUUGCAUGCUCUGAUGACGUGGCAUACCUGCCCACUUAGCCUUUGUAUCGGGCUGGGAUCUCACACAGAAGAGAUUAAAAAGUGUGUUCUGAUAAUAAUUUGUCUUUUCUGCAAAUAGUCGGGAGUUUCAGAGUGAAAUUUGAACAUAUUUCAUUGGCAGAGAAUAUAAAUUUUCAAUUUCAAUUUUUCACUAUAUUUGAAUGAUGUUUUAAUAUAUCUUACUGAGUUCCAGUUAGCUUGACACUUUAAAUGAGAGUUUGCUAAUCUUUGUAGUCAUUUCAAAGUUGACUUCAGGAGUCAUGAAUCAAACUGAAACCUGGAUAUUUUAAUGAGUCUAACUAACUGUUCUCUUGACUCUGUGUGUAAGGUAACCUCUUUAUUAUUGUGACAACAAACAAAAUUUUCCUCAAACGAUGCUUCCCUUGACAGACUUGUAUUUUUUUUCUAAUUGGGAGGCAAUUCUGUGUGAACCUUUUGUAUACGUGAGUAUUAGUAUGGCAUUAACACUGCAGUAUUAUUACUUAUUUGACUUACAGUGGUCCAGUCCAGCAGCUAUACAAUAUGAAUAACUUCUACUACUGUAGAAGAUAUUGCAAUGACCUAGUGACAAAAACGAGGUUUUUAUGAAGUCUCCCCAGCUCUCUCUUUCACAAGGGAGAAUGUUCCUGAUAUAAAUGUAAAAUAUUACAUGAGGUAAAGUGCAAGAGAGAAACCGAAACUGCUGACUUCAAGAAACACUUUUUAACAGCUGUAUCUUAGCUCUUUUCUCAAAGGCUUUUCAUAAGAAGUACUUAGCUUCAGGAUGGUUCGUCUAUGGCACAGAUGGAAAUUUUCAUAACUGUAAUUGCAAGACAGUAAGUUACUUUUUCACACAGACAUGAAACAAAGUAAGAAAAUUGAUUGAAAGCGUAGAAAAAGUAGUGAGAAGAAUGACUACUCAUUAAGUGAACUGUUCUUAAUGCAGAAGUAUUAAAGCAGAAAUGUAGACUUGAUUUAUAAUUGACUACACAUGUAAUAAAUCCUGCCUCAUAUUUAACUUAAUGAUCCUGCCUCAUUCCCCUGAACACAGUGCAGUGGCUGUAAUACCACAGUCUGAUACUUCAGCUUCUUUUACACCACGAAUCUCCAUAAGCCAUGAGCAGUUAUGUAGUCCUUGAAAUGCUUCCUCCUUCCCUCUGCUUCCUCUCCCAUCACAGGACCUAGUGAACAGAACCACUGACAAGCUGAGAGGGGUGUAAAUGUUGGGUGCUGUUUUCAGUUGUGAUCAUUUACAUACCACCAUGGGAUAUGCUGUCUGUCAUGCUUUUUGGAAGGUUCUGAGCUUAUUUGAAUGGAAGACUUAUUUCAAAGAACACAACUCAAGUCUUCCAUUUCUUCCACCUGGCAGGAAAUUUCAGUAUAUGCUUUUAUGUAGGAUUUAUGUACUCGGUUUUACUAAGAUUUUUUUCAUUACAUUCUGUAUUGUUACAUCAUUUUAAUUCAGUUUCCUCCAAAACUGAGAAUUUUAUGCAUUCUUAUUUCUUCUCAAUUCAGAGUAAAGUGAUAGAUUUUUAGCUUUGUGUAGGGUAUUGAUUCCACCAUCUAAAUGUGUCUUUUUGUUCUUGCUUAAUCCAUUCUCAGCAAAAGAAAUUGGUAGUCUUACAAGGCCUGCCCAGCAGUUUUGAAGAUGAGUACUCAAUGGUCUUUAAUUACACUACAAAAAGAUACAUUUUGAAUUUAUAAAGCAGGGGGAAGACUUAGAGUACUGAUAAGACUAAGCUAUUAUUUGCAUGUCUUCUUGGGUAGAUUUUCCCUCCUCUUUCCCCCAAUCAACAGGCUCUCCUUGGAUGAUCAGAAUCCUUCAGAUUCUCAGGCCUAAUAGGCUGCUGCAUUAAUUAACAGUUCACCCUUUAAAAAGCACUCUCCUUUCGUUUUGCUAUAACUGUGGAAUUAUGCUUUACAAACAUUGUUUAAACAAAAGUUGGGAGCAAUAGAAGUUCUUUUUUUUUAGUGUUUCAUUAGCAGCACUGUUUGCAGUGCUGUGCAGAGCUGUGAUGGAUCCUAUGAACUUAUCUAAAAUUUUGUUUCAAUUUAGGUAAACAGAUGCUAUUAGAAAUUACAUUUCUGGUUUUUUCACAUUCCUUCUUAAUGGAAUUUAUUCUGUAACUAGGUACUAAUUUAACAUAAAUAGAUUCCGGGCGUAUUUUAAGGAUGGCAUUUUCUUUAAGGCAACAGCUCUUAUUUCCAAGCUGUAUGUUUGUGAAUGCCAAAACAGUUUUGCAGAAGCUGCAGAAUUAUCAGUGCAGUUUCAUUCUAUUUUUAACUUCUUAUUUUUCAUUGUGUACUUGAGCUGUUUUCUGAUUUACACCUGAUAGGUUUGUAAUAUCUAUCAACAGGAGUUCAGUCAGCCUUCAUCAUAGAUUUCUUCAAAUCCAAGUAUGGAAAAUCUCUUCCGAGUAGUCGUGACUAAUUUUUAAUCCACCUUUUCUUAAGAACAGGUAACUCUAAUUUUUUUCCCUGCAGAAGAAAGAUGUCUUUUCCAAGGCAGGCACAUAUGCAGGCUUUGUCUUCCUGGCUCCUUGCUUUUGGGCCAACAGCUCUGGGCUCCUCGGAAUGCUAGAAUAGUUUCUGUUGGUGCUCUUGUGGAACAAGCCUGGCAAUUUAUGUCUCUCUUUACAUUUUUUCUUAACUGAACAAAGGGUGCCUUUUUCUAAUGAUUUCUUGCAUGUUGUAGAUGUGUCAAGUUCUAAAUUGUUCUUCAGUGUUCUCUGGUAUAACGGUAUCUGUUGCUCUAUUAAGUAUAAAUCUAUAUCUAGUAAGACAUUUGUAUUUUCUGGGACCUAAGUUUGUUUUCUGUAUUCUGUUCUUGUCAGUCUGGCAGGUUUCACUUUCCUCUUUCAGUAAUCAAACUUGACUUCUGUCUGCAUUCAUCUUUAUCUGUUCCUUACCAAAAAUGAAACACACACAAACAUUUCACAGAUAUUUCUUUCAGUGGCUCUGCCAGCUCAGCUGCUCUCUGUCUUCUUACUUCACUCUCCUUUCAGUCAUACAGGUGAAGAACCUGUUCUUUUACCUUUUGUCACAGUCUAUCCAUAAGAGGGGCAAGAAGCUUGAUUUAUUUCUUGCUUUUUCUUCAGUGAUGACCAAGGUUAGGCUUGUCAGUAGAAAUUGUCUUAACGUAACACUUCUCUUAACAUCCUUUCAAGAACAUAAGCCUAUUCAUUUCUGCUUGGUUUUCAGUGUUUUAGAUCAGUUGCACAUUUUUAAGCCAUUGGUGAGUAGCAUUCUUCAUAUUUUCUAAGCAGUUCGUAGGUAAGUACUCUUAAUUUUUUAUUUUAUUUUGUGGUCCUGCUGGGAAUUAGGCUGAAAGUUCCACAUUUCAUAUUAGAAUACACUCAUACGUAAAGACUUAGGGGCACUUAGUGAAGUCAGUCUUUUAGGGUGGGUGUUGUCACAGGUUCCUCUUACCAUCAUAUAAUCACGAGAUUAUAUUUGGCAUUUUACUGAUACAGUAUGUGUCAGUCAGAUACUUGUGCAUUUCCAACCAUCAAAAUCAUGAUUAUUUACUUAAAAUAAUGCAUUCUUCUUCUGUAUAUGAAAUGUAAGCCUAGCAAAAAUUCUAGCAGCUGCAAUACGACAUUUUUCUUACUUGGAAAUCCAAAGCAGUCUGACUCUGUGCUAUGCUGAGCUAUGGGUAAGGCAUCCAUCGUUUCAGUUGGGGUGGGGUUGGUUACCUCUGCUUCUCAUUACGGAGAUCUUAUUCCCCCAGAAUUUCUUCUUUGGUACAUUUGCUCCUGAAUGCCUGCCCGUCAGCUCACUGUAUGCAGCUGCUUUAAAAUUAUAUUUAAAUAGUAGAAAUCUCAGAAAAGGAAAUUACUGAUUUGUAAAUUAUUGUCUGACCUUCCUUAAUUCAGAAGCCUGGUGCCUUGUAAGCCGCGCAGGGACUGUCUCAUGUUUCUGAGAUGAUCUCCCUCCAUUAAUGUAACAUAACUGUGUUUGUAAUGCCAAAGAAGUAUUUUGAAUUAAAGGUCGGUGAUUAAUCCAGUUUAAAUAACAGGACAGACAUAGCUGUAUUCAUCGUAUUUCAGAGGCGGUGGUGCUCUGUUUCUGUGGACAACAGCAGCCCAAACCAACAUCCUCGGUUCUGAACCUCCAAACCCACGCCUUUUUAGUUUUGCAUUCUCAGUUGUGAAUUACAGUUAGAACGGCAAACAUGCUACAAGCUUCCAGUAGUGCAUAGAAAUUGUUUUGUUUUCUUCUGUGGAACAGAGGCAAACUUGUUUCACAGCAGUGCCCACAUAGAUUCUAGAAGUUAAUGGUGUUCCUCAUGAAAGGAGUGAUGCUUCCUUCCAGCUGUCAGGUUAUUAGCCAGUUUUGCUUCCAAGGUUUUUCAACUGCAGUAACCUAUGAAAGACUUGGGACAGGGCUAUUUUUUCUUUAGAAAGGUUUGAUAGUAAAACUAAUAAAAUAUGCUUGGGAAUUCUAUCACGUCUUCAUACAAUUUCAUGCCAUUUUGGUGACAGUUUACCCUAAUAUUUUGCUUACUUUAAGUAUUCUGUGGUCUGUGCCAAAUAAUCUGUAUAACCACAAAGCAUGGUGGUUCUUCUAAAAAAAAAACCUAAAACCCACAGCACUAGAUAAUAACUUUCUAAGUCAGGCUGCUUUGAACAAACUCUAUUUUUCACAUGUACCUCAUAUGUAUUUACUUUGUGUUUUCUUUGGUUUUAUGCACCCAUCCUGGUUCUGACUUCUCACACUGUAGUUUGGCCUCAGUUCACUUCCAGUCUUGCUUAUGUUUUGUUUACUGUUUUAUUUUUCUUGGAGCUCCAGCUGUGUUAAAUACAUCUCACAUUUCAUCUGUAAACACUCCAUACUGGCUGCUUCCCCAACUUCCAGUGAUCCAGUUGGGUGUUCCAUCUGUUUUCAGGGCACUUCUCUCUCACGCGUUAGCAAACACAAUUCCAUUCAUUCACCUGCAAAGUAUUUAUUUCUUACUAAGAUGUGAGUCCAUUUGAUAAAUGGAAAUGAGGCAUAAAGAACUUUCUGUGUAGGUUUCUUUGACGUUGCAUUUUGGCAUUGUGCAAAGUUUAAAUUUCAGAUACAAUCUGACAGUGCAUGCUUGGUUUGCCUUUCUUUCAAUGUAUGUAGUAUUAGCAAAUCAGCCUCUGCUUGAAUGUGUGUCAAGGUUACUGUAGUCACUGUGCAUUUAACCCGUAUGGAUUCUACUGCUUCAUUUUCUGGGAAAUCAUGGAGUGGUUUGUCCAUGUGUAACUUAAACAACAUAAAAUAUUUUCUAUUCCCAUUGCUUUUUUUGAAUCCUCUGGAUAAAAGCCUCAUAGCUUUGUAUCAGGUGCAGCGUUGCUUUUAUGCUUCCUAAGGAAUGGAUGUGGGCAUCAUUAAUAGUGUUUUGUUUAACAAGUCUGGUUUGCAGAACUUGUGUCAGAUAGGAGAAUUCAGAACCAGGCUGACGUAGCUCUCAGCUGGUCAGGGAUUCUGCUGUGAAACUAGUAUUGCUAAUGAUUAGAGAAGCAUAACCCUGCAGCAACACUUGCACAGUCAUUUUACAGCAUACAGGUGCACAAGAUAUGAAGUUUCUCUCUUUGACAGUAAAUGCUGAAAAGUCACCUAACAGAUAACAGUCAUUCCAGUGCCUGCUUCUUCUGUGUGGCCUUUGCAUGUAGUAGGUAGAGGUUAAUGAUACAAAUACAUGCACUUCAGGUGGCCAGACUGUUUUAACUUUGUCAUUUUCAUACAGUAGGUGUCAUUUUUCUCUGUUUUUCUGCAGGAACACAGUUCCAAACUGCAAAGAGAAUAAAAAAGCUCAAAGAAUAUUAUUCUCUUUUUGUGCUUGGCAGCCUGUCAUUAUACAGAAUUGCUCUGAAGUGCCAGCAGUAAGAAUCAGCAUUUCUGUAACUGGAUGGUUUGGGUAAAAUUGAAGUAACAAAAGAAAACUUUGGAAAGAAAUACUUAUGUAUUUAAUAGAAACAUAAAUUCAAUAACUUUUCUAUUUAAUUACUUUUUCCUUAAUGAUAGGAGGGAAUUGUAGUGGGGAAAGAGAUUCCUUGUAGGUCUGUGCAGGCCUGGAUACUUGGCCACAGAUAGGUUUUUUCUGCUUAGAUAAGGCAGAGUAGACAGAUAGGACUUCAGAGCCCAUCAGCAUUAAUUUAAAUUGGCUUUGAUGAUUUGUUAGAAUAACAGGCAAUUGCUCCUUCAUAAAAGAAAAAUCUUGUGGUGCCAUCAGUGACAACUUACUAGAACUCCGUGCUUCCUAUGUGCUUCAUGCACCACUGCUGCCAAAGAAAGACAGCGGGUCGUGAGGGCAUCGCCACCCUUCAGUGAUGAGGCAGAGCACAUCCAUAGUGACUUGCAGCACCCAGCUUCUCCUUCCUCUACUCUGCUUCACAUGCACUCACUUCCUAUAUUCAGAGUCACAGAACUCCUUAAGACUGGGUGUGCUCCUUGCAGAGUGGUGCUAUAGCACUCUGUGUAAAGAAGCACCUGUAGUCAACCUGCAAAACUUGCGUGCAUGGAAACCGAGCAGCUGAAUCACUCUCACGUGGACUAAAAGAAAAUAGAUGAUAAUUGCUGUAAUAGAAAACAGAUGGCUUCGGAAUUGGGAAACCUUAACCUUUUCAGAGACUGACAUUUAAGAUCAGUAAAAAUGUCUGUUUUUGUCAAGGCAUUUCACCUAAUAAAGUUAGACGGAGCUCCAUCUUCCACCCAAUGCACGCCUUGGAAGUGGAGAGCACCAAAAGGAUGUAGAAAGGAGAUAAUGACCUACGGCCCAAUUCCAAGCUCUACUAAAAUAGGCUUUGUGGCUUCUGGUAGCAUCAGACUGUAUCCCACAGGUCUUCCUUGCAGAAGCAUCGCUGUACAAAGCAUCUUUCUGAUCAGGAAUGUGUUAUACACACCAACCUUUCAUAAGCAGAACAGGAUAAAAUUUAGAGUAGAAUGUACUGAUGGAUCUGACUGGAGAAAUCCGACUGCUUCUAUUUCAUUUUAGAGCAUAAUUCCAGUAUCUACUUUAAAAAUGCUAUUGACACACAAAAUUGUCACACCUCCUAUUACAUCAGCAGCCAGAAAAUAAGGCAGAAGAACCAAAAGUGAGAUGAAAGGUUCAUGUUGCUUAGAAAAUAAAUAUAUGAAUGCAACUCUCUAACUUUAUGCUUUCCACUUUGCUUAUAUUAAGGUCCAAUUCCUGCAUCUGCACAAGACCACCCACUUUCAAGGGCACUGUCCAAAUGCUGCUCAAAGACCAGCAGCUUUGGGGCUUUGCCCACUGCCCUGGGCAGCCUGUUCCACACCCCCGUCUGUUCCUCCCCUCAGUUCCUCUGCUCUGGACUGAAUGAACCAAGGGCAUUCAGACACUGCUCAUGCAUCUCACCCUCUAGACCCUUCCCCAUCUUCGUAGCUCUCCUUUGGACACUCAACAAUUUUAUAUCCUUAUAUUGUAGCACCCAAACAUGCACACAGUGCUCCAUGUGAGGCCUCACAGCACAGAGCAGAGGACAAUCCCAUCCCUGUCCCAGCUGGCAGUGCUGGUCCUGAUGCUCCCCAGGGGAUGGUUGCCCUUUGGGCUUUCAGGGCACACUGCUGGCUUAGAUUUAACUUGCUGUCAUCCAGAACCCCCAGCUCCCUUCCCAGCCUUUCGCUCCCCACUCUGUACAGGAUUGCCCCAUUGCAGGUACAGAUUCUACCACUUGCCACUGUUGAACUUCAUGCAGUUGGUGAUUGCCCAGCCCUUGAGUUUGCAAUUUCUAGACUCCCAGUGCAUUUAUGUUCCUUUCAGCCAACCAGAACAAAACAAAUAAAACCAAAAAACUCCUGCACUAUCACUUCAAUGAGCUGUUGGGUGUUUCAGUUGAUUGCUCAGAGGUCAAGUUUUAAUACCUGGCCACGCCUGGAAGGCAGCAAUACUUCAGAAGUCAGCCCAAGUUCCUUCUCAUAUGCUGAGGCUUUAAUUUUCCUGACGGCAAGAGGGCAAAGGCUCAAAUCUGGAGAGGCUGUAAAUGCAAAAAGUUAACCAUAGUGACUGAAGUCUUCCUCUGUCACCUCCACCUGUAUGCUCUGUUUCCUAUGAGGAAGAAAUAAUCAGAGUAACAAAAGCACGUGCAAACCAGAAGAGCCAUGAAGGACAAAGGUGCAAAGGCAUAAACAAUACAAAGGAUCACUCUGAAGAGUAAGGGCAAAUAAAAUACUGUCUGGAGAGCAGCGCCCCAUUUAUGGAGGGUUAGGAACAAGGAUUAGUAAAGUAGGAGUGCUCUGCAUGUUCUUUGCAUUGCAUGCAUACACAGAAUUUCAUUUUUAGUAUCUCAGCAAUUAGGAAUAUUUCCCACUUUGUACCACUCGCACUUUGGAAAGGAUGGUGAUGAACACUGUGUUGCAUAAGGGACAGAGAUCUCUGCAGUGAAACAGAGUAGGGAUGGAGAGGUUUCAAAGUCAUUCCUUGGCAUUUCUUGUUGUUUUCUUUGAUGUUGUUGGGGUUUUUUUGCAUUAAGAUGUGGGAUGACAUUCCAGACUCUGCCUCUUUUUUUUCCCCACCUGAGUGUGAACCAGUGUAGUGCUUUAUCUGGCAACAUGGUUCAAUCCACAUUUAUGUCCUGCUUUGCUAAGUGAUCCGCGUUUCUUUUCCUUCUUCUAUUACUUCCUUUCCUAGAUUUGUCUCCAUAUUAGUCCUUUUGUGGCUGUACAACCAUAAUGUCAUUAAAGACAAAAUCAUUUCCACCCAUUUCCUGUUCUGUGGUUUUACAGUGGAUUUGAAUUAAGGAAGGCCAGACUGCAGACUGCUGCUCCUGUGCAAAGGAAUGUUGGUGGCAGGAGACUCACCUAACACGGUCUCAGCAAAUGAACAAAAUCAGCUGCUCCUACUCAAACCAGCCCCAUCCAGCUGUGCAACAUGGAGAGCCCAGCACAGUCAUGUUCUGGUCUGUUGGUUCUGGUCUGUUUCUGGAACAUGGUGCAAUAAAACAAAGAAUCGUAAAGCAGCACAGGCAGCCUGCCACCACCUCGCCUUUAUCAGUUUGCUUGUUUGCAGGGCACAGAGGAAAGCAUACUAAACUGUCUCUCAUUUCUUUCUCCCCUCUCCGACCCCCACUUCUUUUCUCACAGCACGCUACAAGUGAAAGUCUCUGAGCCGCAGAAUUCAAUAGAUGUGAACACAGAAAAUGAACAUUUGAAGUCCAUAAAGAUGUGCCUUAAUCAGCCCACUGAGUGGAAUCUGAGUUUUUCAACAGCAUCUCUUGCCAGCUGUAAAGUUUUUAACCAAAAUCUCAAAGCUGAGGAGAACAAAUAGAUUGCAGCUGUUCUUGCACUAUUAUUUUGUACAUUGUUCUUGAGGUUGGUUUUUUUUUUCUGCUGAAUAAUAAGCUUUUAUUACAUUGAUCAUGAAAUGAUCUGCUGUGAUUUGGCUUCAUAUUACUAUUAGCAUUAUUCAUUUUGAUGUACUAUUUUAUCAUUAUUUUAUUUUUUUUUCAAAUAUGAUAUUUCACAUCUUGCUCUCAUGGAAUUCUUGCAGUACAAAUUUAUAUCAGAAUCAGAUGUUCCCCUUCAAUAGUAUUGUGAUUUUUCUAUGUUAAGUUUAAUUAUUGUUUCCCGGUUUUAUUUUUGUGCACGAAAGUAAGUUAAUAUAUGACGUACUUGUGGCAUCAGUCACCAUGUAUCAGUUGAUGGUAAGAACAAUCCAGACAGAUCUGUACCAGGCGGAGACUGACUACCUCGAAGCAAAGCUGUAACGCGAAGGUAAAGUAUCCGAGAUCUCCUUCAUAAACGGAUUGAAACGUACGGAACAGCCGGUUUGUUUCUGCAGAAUGCUUUCGUCUUCAUUCAUCUUGAGAACUUUUGUGUGACAGUGUUUGAUGGCCGUAAUGUCUCAAAGAAAGGCCAACCGUGCAGGAGAAUCUCCCGAACGAUUGUCAUUCAGCAAACCCGUACCCGCACUUUCUGAGGUUUCUGCUGAGCGGUCUUUCUUCCCCUUUUGUUUUAAUGAAUUUAUGCCUGACACCAAUUAAAAUGGAUGUAAAUGCUCUUCCUAUUUCUUUUUAUUUUUUAUUUUUAACUAACUUGUACUUUUGGAAAUUCAAUGUAAUCAUCAAAAAGCUCUACUCAAAGAAGUAGUGAAUGGUUGUAGCUGACGACAUUGUAGACAUUCCAUGCCUAAGUAAGCUUUAGCAAGGUUUAUGUACUUUAUUCAUCCAAACUUGGUUAUCAAUAGAGCUAUAACAAAAGUGUUAGAAUAAAACCAUACAAUACA